GCUUCAUCUGAAACGGAAUGACACACGGAAAUUAACAUUUCUUUAGGAUUAGAUAUUAUUCUAUCCCAAUCGCGUAAUUUUUCUUCUUUCCGAUGCCCUGAAAAUUAAGCAAGAAAGUUACGUAAUUAAUUGGCAGGAAAAUUACGUUAAAAGGAAAUAAUUAAACUAAUGUAUCAAGAGUAAUAUUACAGAUUUAAGUUGAUAUAAAAGGAGAGGUCGAAUGUAUGGUCAUAUAAAAUUUAUUAUAAAAUAUUUUGAAGAUAAUUGCCAGUUUCCCACUUUUCUUAAUCGUGUUUUUAUUAACUUCGAAGAAUCUUUUCGAAGGACGGUUAAUAAAGACGAAACAUCUUUUUCGAUCCGAUUAUUUUAUUAAAUCUUAUCAAGUUCUCGGUUCGUUCUUGUAAGACCGCGAUAACGAUGAAAAGCAGGAUUUUCUUACACUCUUGUAUGUGCACAGGUAUAAGAUUUGGGAAAGAAUAAUUUUCCCCGAGCUAAUUGUGAUUUUAACAGGGAUAAUUCUUCGAAAUGAAGAUAAUUCUUCGGAGAGGACACGACGAAACAAUUUAAGGAAAUCAGAUCUUUAUAACGUUACAAUUCUUGAAAUUUACCACUUUACAAAUUUCUAUGAUUCUACGAACUUACCAAAGAUUAAAAUAAUUCCUGCGUAAAAUUAUAGAACUCUGAAGCAACUCGAAUUUUCUAUCUUAAAAAGAGAAGGUAACUAAAAAUUAUGAGCUGUUUCCUUUUCUCCGAAGAAAACACAAUUUUCUUGUCAACUACCUCGAUAAAACGAAACACCAAUCAAUUUCACAGCGAUGAUACGUUGUUGAUCUUUAUUCGAUCACGUAUAUCCCUUUUCUAACGUUUAUCCUCGCUAUUUAUCCUACUAUCCGUCUAAUAAACGUUCACAGAUUCCAAUUUUCUUCACGAUAAAGACACGAUCGAUAAAUUUGGGAUUCAACUUACGACGAUGUACCCGAGCUGAAAGUGAUUUUUAUUGGCACUUAAGCAACCUUUCAAUUUUAUAUCCUCUGAAACAUUUGCGACCCUGUUAAGGAGUUACUCGAAAUUAUCGUUUUUUAAAAAUACCUUUUCCGAAUGAAAAGUCUAGAUAAACGUUUCAUUGCAUGUACAGAGACUAUUCGUUACACCAAUUUCAAUCUCUAUUGUAGACGGUUUCUAGAAAGGGAAACAUUCUCGAUAAUUUUCUAAUAUUGUUUCCUAUCUGUACAAGUUAUAUCAAUACGAUAAAUUCAACGAUAUGUGAUUCGUGUUUCUCGUUGAUUCUCUAUGAUCCGUGACGUUCUCUGUGACGUUAUCUGUUCUAAUAAUAUGUCAAAUUAAAAUCGAUUAAUCGUGUACACAACGUUACGGUGUAGUAAUCUUUAAAGAACGUAACGAUUCUCAUCGAAUCUUCGAAGGAAUCAAUGAGAAGAUGGAGCAAGGUUAACAGGAAAUUUCGAGGAAGAAGACAGAAAUCGUUCGGUGAACUUCGCUCGCACAGAAAUCGAAGAAGGUUCGAUGGGCUCGAUGGUCUUCGCUCUCGUUCCUACCUCUUAUUGAAGAAGUUUUAAAUCCGAUGGAUUCGCUGGGAAAGACGAUGGAAAAUUAAAGGAAAUAAUUUACUUAUAUCGUUAGUCGACUGAUUCUCUGUUACAGAUUAUUUUCGAAAUAAUAUCCGAGUUUUCGUGGUAAAAAUGAUGUUUGGUGGGAGCAGGUAAUAAAGAUAAAAAUUAAGGUUUCUCAAAUACCUGUCAGGUAUCUCAAGUAACAAAUAGAAAUCAAUCUUAAAAUACGAAGAACUUCUUUCGUGAAUAAAACUGAAAAUGGGGUUUUGGAGCGUGUUCUUCUUAGAAGAUCUGCAUGUGUCUUGGUUUAAUCCACCACUAAUUAAUAAUCUUCUCAUUCGUGUCUCCUUUUUCAAACGGUUGUUACGCGACAUAAUUCUGGCAAUUGUGCCAAUUAUCACAGGGUUAAACGGGCAAACAAGUGUGUAGAAAACGGGGGGAACACCGGUGACAAUUAUCGCCGACAACAGUUUAAUCUUUCUCCUCGAGAGGAUCGGUUCGUUCCUAAUUAAUUUAAUUAACCACAAGAAUUAAGAGAUGAAUAUUAAACAAACAACAUUCUACAUUGCGGUUUUCCACUAUGCCUAGAAACAGUUUCUGUCAUGUGGAGUCAAAUUGAAGGCACUAUUAUUCACAAGAAACUCUUUUUCAAAAUCAAAUAUACCAUGCUAAUUCUAAAUUUCUAAAAAUUUUCCAUCCUGAUCUCUGAAUUCCAGUUCCCUCAAAAUCCGUCCAAUCUCGUAAUUUCUGUAUCUUCACUUUCUAUUGUCAUCAUUCAAAUUUCACAACAGUCUUGUACAGUCUGAUUAAGAGUAGCUAAGUAAAGUAGUCUAAUUAAGAGUUAAACUAAGUAUCAUCGUAGACCUGUAAAUUCUAUAAAUUUUCUAUCUUUACCCACGAUCCUCAUUCCACUCCUAAAAUUCAUUCAAUCUCAUAUUAUCAGAUAUCUCCAUUAUUUCGUUUCUGCAAAUUUACUACGUUUCUACAAACUGUCCAUCCUAACCGCCUAAUUAUCUUUCUACCCCUAAAAUCUAUUCAACCUCAUAUUCUCCAAAUAUUCAUCGUCUCUGUUCAAAACUUGUCGAUUUUCAAACUUUCCAAAUUUUCAAAUGUCCAAAUUUCCAAAUUUCAAAGUUCUCAAGUUUCCAAAUAGUCAAAUUUAUAAAUCUUCAACUCUUUAAGUCUCAAAAUUUUCGCGUGAUUUCACGGUGGUUUGCUUUCGUCGUAAAUACCAAGAACGACGAACAGAACGAAAUCAAAUAUAGCCCCAGGGUGUGUUUUGAAAGCAAGGAAGAACGAAGAGAGACACGAUGUCCUCCGACGAAUCGACGUUAAUGGGAAAACCUACACAAAUGAAAUAACCUUUCAUGAGCAUUUUCACAGUUCUUAUUUAUGGCACGUGUGUCUGGUGCCAGCUGAAUGUCUCUCUCUCUCUCGAUGUUUCUUCGGAAGCUCGGACAACGACACACCGAUGCUCUCGUUUAAUUUCGAAGCUCAGUCAACGUUGUGAUCCCAGGGCUGAUUCAUCGUGUGUUCGAUCAGUUUCUCUGUGAUCCUUGAUGAGAGGAUAUAACAGGGAAGUGGUUGAGACCAAAUUUUGCUCUUUUGGCUGAUUUAAAUUGAGAGGAAGAGGAAGAAGAGGAAGAGGGUGCUAGAAAAAUAUCUUUUUCUAGUAGAAAAGAUAAUUUUUCUUCUGGCAUUUUUAAUUUUAACUUUGCUGUGAGGAAGUUUGCAAUGGUCGAUAUAGAAAUUGAGAAUCAAACAGGCACCAAGCAAACGGCGGAAAGCGUAGCUCAAGAUGCCGUCGACCAAACAGGGUUUGGCAAGUUUAACCUUAAGGUUAUGGCCGUCUGCAGUCUGAUCUUCAUGAACGUGGCUUUUAGCAUAACAAGUAUCGGUUUUGUGUUACCAUCAGCGGCAUGCGACUUCAGAAUGACCACUGUUGACAAGGGACGCAUGAGCGCCGCCCCCAUGUUAGGUAUGUUAGCAGGUUCGUACAUGUGGGGUUGUUACGCAGCUAUCAAAGGGCGAAGGAUGUCACUACUGGUCGCGCUAUUUCUACAUGGUAUCUCUGAAUUACUGGCGUCGGUGGUGCCAUUUUAUUGGGUCUUCCUGUUUUUGAAAUUUCUAAGCGGUGCAGCUAUGAAUGGACAAUCGGCUGUCGUUUUUCUAUAUUUGGGUGAAUUUCAACCGACUAAAUAUCGGGACAAGAUGCUCUCGUGGAUGGAAAUGGCUUGGGUGGUUGGAAUGAUCAUUUUAGCAGGCGUCGGUUGGAUUAUUAUUCCGUUGAACGUGAACAUCGAAACGGACGGCGGUUUCUUUUUCCAUUCGUGGAAUCUUUUCGUGUUCAUAUGCUCCCUUCCAGCCUUGUUGACCGGAACUUGGUUGUUGUUUUUCCCUGAAACGCCAAAAUAUCUUGCGGAGACUGGACACAACGUUCAGAUGCUGGAUGUCUUAAUGAGAAUGUACUCGGAAAACAGUGGAGAGCCGCCGAAAGAGUACAUAACAAAGCUUCGAAACUGCGAGAAUAACAAUUUAAACGAUUUGGUGCACCGAAUAAUGCACACCAAAGAGAGAGAAGAUGUGAGCGAGAAAUCCUUCCAACUGAUGAUAACUGACAUAUACAUGAAAACCAUGAUGAUACUGAAGCCACCGUUUCUUUGUAGAACGAUUGUAAUGUGUCUGAUCGCGUGUUUCGUCACGUCCUCUUAUUACACGCUGACUUUAUGGCUGCCAGAACUUUUUCAUAGAUACGCGGACUUUCAGGAGGCGUAUCCCAAUCAGACAGCAAGCGUUUGCACAUUGAAGAGCGCGAAAAAUGUUACAGAAAUAGAUAUGUCAGACGAUCCGUUCGGCUGCAAUUCCAGAGUACAAACUAGCGUGUUCGUGCACACAUUUAUUUUGGGUGCCUCGUGUAUUCCGACAGGGUUGAUAUUGCCAUUAUUUGUUAACUACUUAGGAUAUAAAUUUUUCCUCGUGAUAACAGCUUUCAUUCCUGCUGUCGUGACGGCUUGCCUCUUUCUGGUGGAGACGUCCACCCAAAACUUGGUUCUUUCGUGUGCCUAUGAGUCCGUCACUUCCGUUUGCUUGAGCGUCGUAUAUUGCCUUUUAGUCGAUCUGUAUCCAACGCACUUGAGAGCAAUGGCGUCCGGUUUGUCUGCCUUUAUCAGUAGAAUAGGUGCCAUUAGUGGUACUCUAAUGAUCGGAUACUUGAUCGACGACUAUUGUACAUUGGUGAUUGUUAUCGUGGCUGCUCAAUUAUUCCUGAGUGGUUUGCUAGCCCUGUUUACACCAGGAAGAAAGAAAUCGAAAGCGGUAGACGUUGAGAAAUCUUAACGAUAGUACGGAUUAAGCUUAAAGAAAGUGAAACGAAAGAAAAGAAACAAUCAAAAAGGUUUUUACAUUUACAAGAAGAAUUCUAUAUAAUUUACUUUUCCAUUUUUUUUAAAUAAUGUAAACGCAUUUCGCUUGGAAACAAGAAAUAUAGGCAAUUCUAUCGAUGAGAGAAUUUAAUUAAAUUCGAAAUAAUUAAAGGAUCUCUUAUUUAACACCAGAAAGUCCAAUCAGAACGACCAAUUCACAAAGAUUGGUAAAAAUGAUUAUUUUCAUUAGUAAGUGUGACAUAAUUAUUUGCAACUUUUUAAGCUAUGGUGCUUCUGGUGUUAAAACAUCUUUACUUUCCCUUAAGUUCUGUCAAGUUAAAAGUAUGAAAACAUGUUAUUACUUAAAUGUACGAUAUAAUAUUACAACUUAAAUUUAGAAGAAAGAUAUUAGUGUUAAAUUUACAGUAUUUCUUUCUCGUAAUGGUUAAGAACGUUAAUGUCUUCAUUUCUUGUUAACGAAUUAUAUACUUAUCUAUAUACAUAUACAUAUAUAGAAACACCAUCUUCUAAUAAUUAAACUAUCGUGCCUGUGUACUUUCUGCGUAUACUUUAUCACCGCCGGUGUCUGCGUUAUUUUAUACAUUUUUCUUAAUACACACCGGACAUAAUUUAGUAUACUUUAAGAGGAUGCCUGUUAUUGAUCGAGUGUAUUUUGCAAGUGAAGAUUCUUCUUCCUAUACAAUGGCUACAAAAAGUAGCGGCACGUAUUUUCCGAUGAAGCAUCUUUUUUUAUCAGGUCAUACAUUUCAUUUUCACAGUAUUAAAUUUUUACAGUCAUAUAGUACGAAAUCUCACGUACUCGGAAUUAAUUAAUUAGUACGUAAAUACUAUGAUCAAUACGUACAAUGGUGUGCCAAUAUAUUUUGUAGCCACCGUACAGAUAUUUGUCGCUGCUAUGAAAAUUUUACGUGACAGUUUCACGUAACGCACACAAUGUUUGUGAAUACUCAGCAAAUUCGAGAGGUUCACGAUGAUGAAAGUAUAUGUGUUACAUAUUUUUCUACAUUUCUAAAAUAUUAAUACGUAUCUUCGUCGAGCGUCGUAUACGGUAGUUAAAGAGUAUACAGAAUAUUUGUUUCUUCAUUAAAAUCUCUUAACAUGUAUUCCGGGAUAUUGUACUUUAUUCUUCUAAUUUAUGAAAGAAGAAAAAUGGCUAUUUUGUUCUCUUCAGAAUUUACAGAGCGAUUUGGAAAGGGUGUAAAUAAAAUUUGGAGAAACUGUCGCGGUUCGAAUUUGUAUUAUUGUCAUAACAAGGGAAUAAUAUUAAUAUGAAGUGUCCUUUAGUAAAAUUUGCGAAAUUUGGAUUUUACAUUUUACUAGAACGUGAAAAGCAUUCUGUCGUAGUAAGAAUGACAAAUUUUCUCAAAGAAUAAGGAAAGUAGAAAAUGAUAAAUCUACAGAAUUUAUCACAAAACUUGCCUGAAAGUAAAUUGUUCGACUUUGUCUUAGUAUUUUAAAAAUCAUUUGACAUUAAACUUAUCAUUUUUCUGUGGCAACAGAACAAUUUUAAGUUGUAAUACCUGCACGUGUAAUUACCGUGAAAAUAAUUAAACGAUCGUUUAAAAAUUUACUACACUCGUUCUGAAAUGACCUGUAGAAUAUUCUGUUAAAAUAUUAUAUACAACGAAAAAGAUCUUCGAGUAAAUAGAUCAACGUAUUUAGUACUUAAUACACAUACAGUAGUUUAAAAAAAGCUAGGCAGGAAAUAAAUGCUCAAUUAUAUAAACCAUUAUCACGACGAUCUCUCGUAUUGUUAACACAGUGCCACGAUAUUUCUUUAACAUUGCAAAUUGUACGGUGUUAAGGGGCCCGCAUACGAUUAAUAAUAUUGCCAAUAUCGCCAAGUAUUGUCAAACAGUAUUCAUCGUGUGCAGAUCCCUUUACGAAGCUUGAUUCGAUCGAUCAGCCUCAAACUCUAUGUAAAUGAAUAUCGAACGCGACGAUCGUAUUCCCGACGCGUGUUAUUCUUCUAUUUUUCUAUGUACGAGACUUUUUAUAUUGUAGACUGUUUAUAUGCCGGCCAUCGAAGUACAAUAAAAAAUAUGUUCUUGCUGAACUUAUCAAAAUCAA